CAGGUGUCUUGGUUGAUAAUGGUUUAUCAAGACAUUAUUAGUUAAUAUUGACUAGGAUAAGUUUAAGAUUAAAAGAUUAACAUCUGAUAAUUAAAACAAGGAUUAUCGAUUAAACUGAGCAGAAGACAGUUGAGGUGUAUAUUUGUGAGCGAGUGUUAUUAUAAAAUCAAGGACCGCAGAAAAUUUGGUUUUCUAAUCCAAAGAUAGAAUUCCAAAAUUCCAUUCAAGGAUUGAUAAUUCUAUAUCAAGGACAUAAUAUAAUUAUAUUACUACAAAUCAAGGAUUGUAUUUCGUUUUCGAGUCGAUGGUGGAUUGUAGUGGAAAUUGUUAUGAUUUGUGAUAAGCCUUUAAUACAUGGCCAGUCAAAUGACUAAUGACAUUGUUUUUGUAAACAUUGUCCAUGGACCAUCAACUACAUACAAUUAAAUUCACACGUUAUUUGAAUACGGAAACAUUUUCUAGAUCACUCAUCUAAAUCUGGCAUAUUAGGUUAUGUGUGGUAGAAGUAUUUUCUAGGAUUAACUAUGUCGCUACCAAGACGGUUUGAUUCUAAAAGUAGGAUAGACGGGCUGGAAGGAACACCGGGAAUUUAUCGUAAGCUAACGGAAGCAGAAGUUAUAGCCGAUUACAUCGAAUCUAAAAAGGGAGAUCUCUUAUUCAAUGAUAACGGACCGUCGAAAAACGUUUCUAAAGAAGAAUCCACGGAGAACAGAACUGUUGAACAUACGACAUCGGUGAAAUCUAGUUCCAGUAUCACAAACAUAGAGAGAGAACAUCAAACUAUUCUACAAGCAUCAUCACCAAGAGCAACAUCAACACCUAUAUCUAAAACAACCACCAAACAGAGUUCAACAUCAACACACAGAACAACCAAAACAACAGCAGCUCUUCAAUUCUUCAAAGACAAGUACAGAACAAAGGAUGACGACAAUUCAAUUGAAAAACAACAAAAGGAUGAUGGAAAUACAUCUUCGUCUUCAUCAGCGUCCUCGGAUUCUCCAAAAGAAGGUAAACCAAAGAGAAAUAAGAGCUUGAAUGUGGACAAAUCUUUCGUUCCAGUGAAUGAUUAUUACCAAUUUUACCAGGUUAAUAAUCAACAGCCUGAAUUUUUAACCGAGGAAAAGAUUCAGAUAUUACGAAAGGAUAAUGAAAUGAUGAUUAAACAACAUGAAUUAAAGAUGCUCGCCGCGAAAUACCACAAGCGUGCUGAUUAUAAUCCUUAUGACCAGAUUGCUUAUUUCGGUCCUGUCGUUCUCAAUGAAUCCGGAGAACCUCAUAUUCUCGAUAACCCACAGUUUACUUCAGGUUUUCCUUUGGAUGAAGAGGUGAGAACAGAAUCGACAAACUUGUCAACUUUUAAACCUCACGUACAAAUUGGGAAUGUUGAGAAACAAGAAUUGGACACGAAACCAGUUCAACUACAUAGUUUAAAAUCCAGCCCCAGUAGUACUGACAGUCAGAAUGAAAAUCAUUGUAAAAAUCAGAGGAGGCUUAUGGGAAAUGUACAGAAAAAAGACAAGAAGGAUAGUUUGGAGAAUAAAGAUAGGAAGAUGAGCUCAAGUAGUAGCAGCAGCAGUGAAAACGAUAAAGAGAACGUGGAAAAGAAACAUGACUAUCAGACAAAACAGAGACCAUGUUCUGCUACUGACAGUGAUGAAAACACGAAGAAAGCUUCACUGCCAGUUGAACAUAGUUUACUCAAUGUCCUUGAUCGACCUUCCUUAAUAGCUGACUCAAAUGGCAAGAGGAAGAGCUCUAGUAGCAACAGUGGCAGUGAUAACGAUGAGACGCCAAAUGAACCCAAAAAUUCUGGUAAAAACAGUAAAGAUAUAAAUGUCACAAAACUCUAUGUUGUGACCAAAGAUAGAAAGGAAUCAGCCGGAAGCAGUAGCCAAGAAGAUUCGGGCCAUAUACAGGAUAAGAACAAACGUGAAAAAACUCUGAAGAGAGACAGUAUUAAAAGUAAUAAAGAAGAUCAAGGUCAGGGUAAAAGACCUGAUUCUAAGGAUUUCUCAGUUGCAGUACGACAGUACAGGAGACAUUCCUCCAGCAGUAACACCAGUAAUGGUGACAACUACAUCGAGAUACCAAGCUUACCAGCAGACCAUGGAGAGCAAAGCGAUCAGAGACAGCUACCUCUGCCUUUACCAAUCUCUUCUUCACCAAGAGGAAAGAAUUCGUCCAGCAGCAGUAGCAGUAAUGAAAAUAGUGGCGAUAAUAAUUAUAUCGAGAUACCUACAUUACCACCAAGACUCGGAAAGAAAGGGGAACCUAUUCCACUUGAUCCUAAUGAUAUAUCCAUAACAAGUCUGAUAGUUCAUUUCUACAAAAUAUCCCUACUGAUAAUACAUAUUCCGAGCCGUAUGAAAUGGAACCCAAGCAGCUAGGACCUAAUGGUAUUGGCAUGGAAAAGUUAGAGGCUCAAAUAAUUACAGAUGUUUCACGGACACCUACUCCCCCUCCACUACCGAGCAGUAAUCCACCACCAUUACGUAAAGAUAUCCCCAGUGACUACAAUAUUGAACACACGAUAAAGAAGAUAAAAGACAGUAAUGACACGCCCCUACCAGAAUAUGAGGACGAAGUAUUUGAAGCUAAAAUGACACCAAAUUACCAUGGUAUAGAUAGCCAGUAUUUAGAGAAUGGUUCAGUUGAGAUAAGAAAUAAUAAAGAAACUCAAUUAACUAACGACUUAAAACAGCCAAGAAUACACAUGGAUAUACAACAACAACCAGACAAGGCUAAAAGAAGACAUUCUUCACAUAGUAACAGUUCCAGCGAUUCUUCCAGUGACGAUGGCAAAGAGAAACUAAAGACCCAUUCCAAAAAUGUGCUACCAUUGGCUAAAUCAAAGGAUUGCAAUAUUAAUGCAAAUGGAAUGACUGGUGACAAACAAAGAUCACCAAGUUCGGAUAGCAGUUCACCAGACACCAAGAAAAAAGAAGACAAACCAUCCCCACCACCUAG